GCUGAACUUGUAUUUGCACUUGGACCUAUUACGAAAUCGCUGUGGGACUAUUUUUUCCUCCGCGGAGAACGCGCACAGGGUCGUGAGGUGUCCAAGAUGGCGGCAUCGUGUAAGGUCCAGGCUUUUUAAAAGCUCUCAGGCAUAAGCUGAAUCAACAUGUUUUGCCCAGGCACUCCAUGUUGACCCAACAUAGCCUUAGGAUCCACUGUGACAAAGCCUGUAGUCCUGCCAUCUGUCCUGCACUAACAUGGCCAAAGACCAGCCAAAUGUGUUUGAACUCCUCCCGCUUCUGGAGUCCACAGAUCUGCAUGAGCUGGAGCAGGUCCGAAGUGUCUUACAGGAGAACCUUAGUGCAGAUAAAGGGUCUGUGCUUCUCAAUGGCCUUGUGGAUUAUUAUCUGGACACCAGCUCUCCUCAGGCUGUGGACCUCCUGUCCUCUAUCAGGGAGCCUCACGAUAAGCACCUUUUAGACAAGAUGAACGAGUGCAUGGCCAAGCCGAGCGGCAGGCUCUCGACCCUCACCCUCCUCGGUCAUGUUGUUCGCAAGCAGCCGCCGUGGAUUCACAAGAUCGCUCGCUUCCCUCUGCUCGCUUCACUACUCAGAUGCCUCAAGACUGAGUCAGAUGUUGUGGUUCUUAUAACUGGAGUGUUGGUGUUAGUCAUCCUGCUACCCAUGAUACAACAGACCAGCAAACAGCUCCUGUUUGAGUUUUUCGACAUCUUCGGACGACUUGCAGCUUGGAAUCAGAGAAACCCAGGCCAUGCUCAGGGGGUGUAUGCGGUUCACUUGCAUGCCAGCGUGUACUCCUUCUUUCAUCGUCUCUACGGCAUGUACCCCUGCAACUUUGUGUCCUAUCUGCGCGCCCAUUACAGCAUGAAGGAGAACGUGGACACUUUUGAGGAAAUAGUUAAGCCGAUGCUUGAACAUGUGCGGAUCCAUCCAGAGCUUGUCACCGGAACCAAAGACUAUGAACUGGACCCAAUCAGGUGGAAGAGAUUUGAGAGCCAUGACAUUGUGAUUGAAUGUGCCAAAGUGUCCCUGGACCCUAAGGAAGCGUCUUGUGAGGAGGGCUACUCGUUCCUGCCUGACCAUGUGCCACGGCGCCUCGUCGACAGCAGCGGGUCCUGCGCAGAUCUCAGCACACAUGGAAGUUCAUCUUUCACCUCAAUGGCUACAGUUCGCCAGUCCCUUUCCCUAUCCUUACCCCAUCUGACAGUCACUCAGCACCCAGGCCUCAGUUCACAGACCCCCAAGCAACAGGGUCUUGAGGCGAUGUCCUCAGGGAUUAAGGAGGCCAUGUGGAGCCCUUCCUCUGCGUGUGGGAUGAGCACCCCAAGCAGCUCCAGAGGAAUGUCCCCCACCACCGUCUCUGAUCUCUCACACAGUGCCUCCCACUUAUUAGGGCGGGUCCCAAGCACACCAGUGGAUGGGAAGUGGACUCCAUCUGCCUCCACACCCUCAGAGUCCUCCCCUCUCCUAUUGCUCUCGGGGGAACUCGAGAACACCGCCCAACCCAUCAGCAUUACUCUCCCACCCCCUAAGACAAGUCAAGAGAUUAAAAAAGGCAACCCCACAACUAUCAACGGCAAAGGUCCAGGUGAUGGUCUUAGUACUUUCUCAUUGACUGAGCUCUCUGACUUUGUGAAGAGGACUGAGAGAGAGAAAGAGGACGAUGCCAUAACAGCAGAGUUGCUGACACUAACCCAGGGCAAACUCGAUCCGCUCCCCACACCAGCCCCGGACUUGUCCUUCUCCAGCACCACUGACACACCCCUCCCCUUAAACCCCAGCAUUUAUAAUCUGGCCUCCACCCCAGACAGGGCAGUGAACACCACUAAAGGAGCAGAUCAGCAGCCUUCCUGGAACUUGUGGCCGUGUUUCACUCCCAUAGAGAACUCCUUGAGCCCUUCUGCAGCUGAUGACGUCUCCUUGGAGCUGUUUAAGGGCUCGUUUCCCUACGAGAAUCUCUUCGACCUGGCCUUGCCCAAGUUAGCCUCUCUGUUUGUGGAGAGGAGGACCGCCGAAUCUCAGCAGAAGCUGGCUGGCAGAGAGGAGGUGGAGGUGGGGGAUCUAUCUGCCACGUCCCCUCUAGAGGUGCUGGAUCGCCUCAUUCAGCAAGGUCACGACCUUCAUGAAAAACUGUUAAAGAGAUCUCCUUCCUCAUCAAACCCCUUGGCUGAGUCACACUGUGGAGGUAAACAGCAUAGCACUAAAGGAAAAGGCUCAGGAGCUCCGGAUGAGAUGGCACUGUUGCGCAGUCAGCUGCUGCUCCUGCACAACCAUCUGCUUUACGAGAGGCAUAAAAGAGAGCAGCACGCACUGCGCAACCGCCGCCUACUCCGUCGUGUCAUCAACGCCACUGCGCUGGAGGAGCAGAACAUCUCCAUGAAGGCCCAGCUGCGGCUGCAGGAGGUGGAGAUCCAGACUCUGCGGGCGAGUCUGCAGAAAGAGCAGGAGCGCUCCAAGCGUCUGCAGCAGGAAGGAGAGGCACAGGUGCAGCAGCUCCACAACCAACUCCAGAAACUCCAGCAUGAGAGGAACGACUUCUGUACCAAAACUCAGGAGCUGCAGAGUGACUUGCAGGAAAGUAAGAAGAGAAUGGGUGAGAUGGAGGCGGAGCUGCAGAGAGCCAAUAACAAAGUGUGCAAUACAGGACACCUGCUCAGCCAGCUGUCUAUCAAGCUCAACAACAGUGAAAGCCUGGAGCAACAGAUGGCCUUCUUGAACAAACAGCUGUUACUGCUGGGCGAAGCCAAUAAACUGUGUGUGCAGGAAGUCCAGCAUCUUGGACCAGACUCGCAUAAAGAGCAGAAGAUGCUGCAGACGUGUUCCACACGAGAGACCGAACGGUUGAGGCAGAGCUCCAUUCAGCAGAGCCAGAGGCUGGAGGCGGCCCAGCAACGCAUCACCGACCUGGAGACCCAGCUUACCAAGAAAGAGCACCUCAUCCUGGAGCAGAAGAAACUCCUGGAAAAUGUCAAAAAUCAGGCCAAAGGGCAGCUACAAGCUUCUGAGAACAGGUAUCUUGCCCAAAAGCAUGUGACUCAGGCGUUACAAUCAGAAAUGCUCCAGCUGUAUAGUCAGCUCGAGCUCGCCAGCCUCUCAAACAGCACACCAGCAAGAGGAGCAGCUGAACCAGGCAGCCCUCAAAACCGGAGGCCAAACGGCAGCAACACCUCCACGUCGGCUCAAACCUCCGAGUCAGGGAAAAGAGAGGAAACUUCUUAUGCAUGUGUGAACGGCGAGCUCUCCCCACUGUCUCCCGGAUCACUACCAUCCACUGCACUGAUCAACGGCAGUCAGGAAGAAGACCUUUGUGUCCUGUCCUGCAACUCCCCUUUGGCCGAGAGCUUCCUGGGAAUGCACAACCAAGAGCUGCUGAAGAAGACGAAGAGUCCGUAUGAGGAGGAGCACGCCCACCGGCUUCAUGACGCGAGCUCGGAGCCUGCUGAGAAACGCGCUGAGCUCACAGUGUCCCAGAGGCUGGCAGAGGAAGAACCCGACCUCCCACCUGUGGAUCGGCACAGGGCUCGCACUUACAACAUCCAGAGGCGCAGACAGCAGGACCUGCACAUCAUGGAUUACAACGAGACCCACCAGGAGAAGACAUAAAGGAGCUGGGAAGGUUGAGUUAGCGAGACUGCCACUGUAGAUUUUGCUUGCAACACUAGACAGAAUGAUAGGGGGGAGGGGGGGGAAUGUUUUGAGCUCUGCAGCACUCUUGUUAAAAUAAAGAGUG